AAAUUUACUUGAUGCAAAGACACACACGACACACACACACGCAAAUUUCUGCAGAAUUUCUCCCUCUGAAGAAAUACUAUUUGAAGUUGGCGCUUUAGACUCUGUGUUGUCACACACACCCGCGCUGCUGCAGCAUCAUAGCAGACGAUCAUCCCCAUCGCAGAGGUGUAAAUAGGGAUUGUAAUCUACACCCAGUCCAGUCACUCUCCUGUCGGCCUCCACAGCUGAGCAUCCACUCUCGUCAGUUGCCAAGCGUUUUCGUAGGUGGGCGAAGCCAGUAGAGAGUAUCUUGAUCUAAAAACCACUCUCCGCGACGUACGUUCUGUAUCCUCUGAAAAUGUUUCAACAAUUCUUCACAGUUUUCUUGUUGAUGGGGCUUGCUUGCCAGGGUGAUGCAUUGUUUGAUUGGUUGUGGAGUUGGAAUGGCCCUGCUGAUGUUACUGAUCCUGAAGUCAACAUGAACGCGACUGAGUUGAUCACCAGUAAAGGGUAUCCGUGUGAAGAACACGCCGUCACCACAGACGACGGAUUCAUCCUCGGUCUUCAGCGAAUCCCCCACGGACGUGAUGAAACCCCCAUCCCGCCGUCCAACCAGACAAACGGCACACAACCCGCCAGGAAGCGACCUGUCGUCUUCCUCCAGCACGGACUGCUCUGCUCGUCGACAAACUGGCUGACGAAUCUCGCCAAUCAGAGCUUUGCUUUCAUUCUUGCUGAUGCUGGGUUCGAUGUAUGGUUGGGGAAUGUCAGAGGCAAUAUCUACUCCUUGAAGCAUACUCAUCUCAGUCCAGAAUCUGAAGAAUUUUGGGAUUUCAGCUGGGAUGAGAUGGCAGCAUUUGACUUACCAGCCAUGGUUGAUCACGCUCUGGCAGUGAGUGGCCAGGAGCAGCUCUACUAUGUCGGACACUCUCAAGGAUCUGCAAUGGCAUUCGCUGAACUCUCAACGAACAAAGAAUUGUCAGAGAAGAUCAAGAUGUUCUUUGCCCUCGGACCUGUCACCACUGUUGGUCACAUGACAAGCCCAUUGAGAUAUCUAUCUCCCUAUACUUCAGAAAUCAAGUUUGUGUUGAAUCUUCUUGGAGUGAAAGACUUCAUGCCGUCCAGCAAAGUAACAGAAUGGCUAGCCGCUGACAUCUGCUCUACCUCUGCCGAUGCUUGGUGUGAAAACAUCCUAUUUGUAUUGUGUGGAUUUGAUAAGUCAAAUCUCAACGAGACCAGACUACCAGUGUAUUUGUCACACUCCCCAGCCGGCACCUCCACACAAGAUAUGAUUCAUUUUGCUCAGAUGGUAUCUUCAGGAGAAUUCCAGAAAUAUGACCGCGGAUCUAAAGAAGAGAAUAUGGCACGAUACAACCAGACUACCCCACCCUUGUACUACCCUGAACACAUCACAACCCCAGUCUCUCUGUACUGGGGCGGAAAAGAUUGGCUGGCAGACCCAGAGGACGUCAAGAUGCUGAUCCCAAAGCUGCAAAACCUCCAAGAGAACAACUACAUCCCUCAGUAUGAUCAUCUGGAUUUCAUCUGGGGAACAGACGCACCUUAUUGGGUCUAUGAACCUAUCAUUGAGACCAUCUUCAAGGAGGAAGCAAAGACGGAAGUCAAGGAAAAGAAGGAAGUCAAAGAAAAGACGAAGAGCUCUGACGCCAAAGUGAGGAACAACCAUACUGUACCUCGCAACAACACGGCUGUCGACACCGAGAAACUUAAGAAUGAAUUCAACCUUUAAAUUCUUCUGUUUGUUACUUUUUUUAAAUCAUUUCUACGUUACUCUUUUUUUAUCACAAGAACUGUAAGUAGUGUAGGUAGUGUUUUAUAAAUGAAUACAUGUUGGUGAAAAUUUAACGAAGAGGAAAAGGGUUUGGCCAGAGAAGUUUAUGGUCAGAGGUCAACACUUCAAGUUUCUGGUGUAUUACCUACACGUUCAACUUGAAGUUGUUUUGGCAUUGGUAAGUUUCACAACAUCACCUCUAUUUUUUCAUAUGAUAGUGUCGAAAAAGAUGCUAAAUUUCCAUAUCAAACCCUCCUAACUCUCUUGUAAUAUAUUUGCUGUUUGAGUUUACCAACCAUUCCAACCUUUGAAUUGUACGGGUUUUGUAAAGCAGCCAACUGUACAUAAAUGUGUAUUGUAAAGAUGCAAGUCAGCUGAGGAUAAUGUUCCCAACUUAAAGCCAGUGGACACUAUUGGUAAAUGUCAAGGACCAGUCUUCUCACUUGCUGUAUCUCAACAUAUGCAUAAA